AUGGCGGAAAUUACCAACUCCGAAGGCCAGGGUGAGGGAUUGUAUGGUAUUGACAAUGCUUCCAAUUCCCUUCCAGCACUUGCCGCCUGUGCUAGGGGAUUCACAUCCGAAUCCUACGACUUCAUUAUUGUCGGCGGAGGAACUGCUGGCCUAGCUGUAGCUGCACGCUUGACUGAAGAUCCAAACGUCGUCGCCGGAGUCCUUGAGGUCGGCAAAUCAAGACUUGAUGAUCCUCUGGUAGACACUCCUGCUACUUUCCCACAGAUGUUGGGUGAUCCAGAAUAUGUUCGAGGCUCUGAUGCCGACUAUGACGACUGGGCAACUCUUGUAGGAGAUCCUGCGUGGUCCUCCAAAGCUCUCAAACCAUACAUGCGCAAGCACGAGACACUUGAACAGAUCGAUGAAUCAAUUCUGGAUCAAACCGAUUAUCCUCAUGUCGGCGAGCAUCACGGUAUGGAUGGUCCGGUUCACACAUCGUUCAACGACAGUACGUUCCCAAUCUGUGAUGUUACAAUCAAAGCGAUGGACGAAGUGGCCGGUCUUUCCAAAAAACCAACUGAUCCUUGGAGCGGUGAUCAUAUUGGCUUCUUCAACACGCUUGGUGCCGUAGCUCGAUCUGGACCUCACAAGGGCAAGAGAAGUUAUGCUGCUCGCGGCUACUUUCAAGCAAAUGCCUGUCGACCAAACCUGAAAGUGCUCUGUGAAGCGCAAGUGAACAAGAUUAUUCUGGAGAAUGGUAUUGCCGCAGGAGUGGAGUUUGUCUUUGAUGGCAUGCAUGAAACCGUCUACGCCAAGAGAGAGGUCAUCUUGUGUGGCGGCGUGAUCAACUCACCACAGAUUCUGGAACUCUCUGGUAUUGGCGAUCCCGCAAUUCUCGAAAAAGCCGGCAUCGAGUGCAAGGUCAAACUUCCCGGCGUUGGCGAGAAUCUCCAAGAUCAUGCUGUUGCUGUCCUUGGCCUGGAUCUCAAGCCUGGUAACAUGACCCUGGAUAUCUUGGGUGAUCCAGACGUAAUGGGAGGGGCUAUGAAGGCAUAUAUGGAACAUCAAAAAGGACCUUUGACUUCGAUAGCCAGCACACAAGGUUUCCUUCCAUACAAAUCUCACGUCUCUGCUGACGAGCUGGAGAGCACUGUCAAGAGCAUCCGUGAGGUUCAGAACAAGCCUGACACCACACCCUUUUACAAAAAACAGCUAGACCAAGUUGUUGCACAUCUCGAAAGCGACAAGUCAGCAAACUUGCAGUAUAUCAUGAUCCCUGCCGGAGCAGAUUACGAAAAUGGAGUUACCACGCAGAAGAUUUGGCCUCCACCCGACAACACUCGUGCUCACCGUAUGGUCAUGGCGCCCUGUCUGCAAUAUCCUGUCUCCCGAGGUUCAUGUCACAUCAAGAGUUCUGAUCCAUCGACACACCCAAGCAUUGACCCCGGAUACUUAAAACAUCCUGCCGAUGUUGCAGUCCUGGCAGCCGGUCUCCAUUUCGUCCACAAAACAACCAAGACCGAGCAUCUCGCGCCCCUGAUCCAAGAACGAUCCUACCCACCCGCCUCCAGAAAUCUUGACAAUGCCGCCGAUCGCGAAGAAGCAAUCAAUGAUUGGGUCAUGGGAGAGUACCAUCUCAUGGGCACUUGCGCAAUGGGAGAAGUUGUAGACAGCAGGCUUCGAGUAAAGGGUGUCUAUGGAUUGAGAGUAGUGGAUGCAAGUGUGUUCCCCAACAACGUCAGCGGCAACAUUUGCAGCAGUGUUUACACUGUGGCGGAGAAGGCUGCUGAUCUCAUCAAGGAGGACUGGGCAACUGUGGAGGUAGAGGCCGGUAUGGCGAAGCUGUGA